CUCAGUGUGUUCCGCUUCUCAUCGUUUGAAGAUGUACAUGGCUUAAAGCAAUAAUGCUCGCAAAGAGUGGAGCUGGACUUCGUAGGCCGACGCACAGACUUCCUUGACCCGCUUGACACGCGCCUGGCUGGCCUGAGGGCUUUCGAUAGGCUUGAAAUACACAGCCAUGCAAAACUACACGGUCCUCAAGAAGCUUGGCACCGGCACUUACGGUUCCGCGUAUUUGGUGAACCUUAAGUCGAACCCCCUUGCCCAGUUUGUACUCAAAAAGGUCAAGAUCGAUGGUGAGGGCGGCAUUUCAGCAGACGGCGAGGUAAAGGUCUUGCGGCAAUUAGCCCACCCGCUGGUCCUCAGCUAUGUGGACCACUUCAUUUACAAAGGGCACCUGUGCAUUGUCACGGAGUACUGCGAUGCUGGCGAUUUGUAUCAGCUGCUGCGGGCGCGGAAGACUGCCCUGCCGGAGCCGCAGCUGCUGGACCUGUUCGCGCAGGUGCUGCUGGCCAUCCAGCACGUGCACGGCAAGAACAUCCUGCACCGCGACCUCAAGACGCAGAACAUCUUCCUGACCAGCGGCGGCUCCAUCCGCCUGGGCGACUUCGGCAUCAGCCGCCCGCUCAACGGCACCAUGGACCUGGCCUCAACCAUCAUCGGCACGCCCUACUACAUGAGCCCGGAGGUGAUGUCCUCCAUGCCGUACGACUUCAAGUCCGACAUGUGGAGCCUGGGCUGUGUGCUGUACGAGUUGAUGAGCCUGAAGCACGCCUUUGACGCCGCCGACAUGAGCAGCCUGGUCAUGAAGAUCCUGAGGGGGGAGCACCUGCCCAUCCCGCAGGGCUUCAGCCAGGAGCUCAAGGACCUGGUGCGGCAGCUGCUGUGCAAGAACCCCAAGAUGCGGCCCAGCGCGGAGCAGGUCAUCAAGAUGCCCUUCAUGAAGGAGUACGUGGCGCGAGCGCGUGAGACGGUGUCGCUUCUGGAGGGCCGCGCAGGCGGCGGCGGCGGCGGGCCGGGCCGGGCCGGAGGCGGCGGCAGCAACGGCCAGCGCCGCACAGACCACGGCGUGGCGCCCGGCCCCGGGCCGGGUAUGCCGCAGCACCGCCACAGCCACAGCAGCGGCCACGGCCUGGACCCGGGCGGGGCGGCGGCAGCAGGGGCGGCGGGAGGGGCAGCGGCAGCAGCAGCAGGGCCGGGAGGGGCGGGGUCGGGGUCGGGGCAGCUGGACCGCGAGCUGGAGGCGGCCAAGGAGCGGCUGAGGCGGAUACAGCUGGAGCGCGAGGCGCUGCUGAAACAGGCGCAGGCGGGGUCCGCCGCCGCGGGCGUGCCAGGUGGCAGCAGCGCACCCGGCAACCACCGCUAUCCCGCCCAGGCACCCGCCCAGCCUGGCGGCAGCGGCGGCGGCGGCGCAGCUGGCGGCGGCGCAGCUGGCGGCGGCGGUGGUGGCGGCGGCGGCGGCGGCGGCGCCGGCGCGCUGUCGUCGCAGCAUUCGGAGCCGAACCUGAUUGGCGCGGGGGCGCGCGGCGGGGCGGGCGCGGGCGGGGUGGGUGCGGGCGGGGCGGGAGGUGGGGGCGCGGCGGGCGCGCGGCAGGGCGGCGUGGGCGGCGCCAGCUGGCGUGACAAGGAGGAGGCUCUGGCACGACUGAAGGCUCGUUCCAGCCGCGACAUCCCCGCCUCCUCCCACCGGGGCGGCCUGGGCGGCGGCGACGUGGACGCGCAGCUGGAGCGGCACCGCGAGCAGAGACAACUGCGCGGCAGCCGGCCUCAGUCGCCCGACGAGGGGCGGGGCGGCGGCGGCGGGCUGAGCGGCUCACCUAAUGGCGGUUCGUCCAUGGACCCAAGGGCCCGCAUGAAAGCGCGCAAGGAGGAGGAGGCCCGGCGGCGCGAGGCGGAGCUGCUCAACGCGCGCAAGGCGUACUUUGAGGAGCGCAAGCAGGCGGCGGCGCGGCAGCAGCAGCUGUACCAGCCCUCCACCGGCAACAACCACGCCAACACCAACAGGCGCGCCACCGAGGGCUCCUCCGCGCUGCACGGCCAUCACCACUCCACCGGCAGCGGCUACGUGGACGACCCCUCCGCCAGCGGCGGCGGAGCCGCGCACCACUCGCCCUACGCCAGAGCCAGCGCCGGCGGCGGCGGCGGCAUCGGCAUCAGCGACAGCGACGACGAUCUCGACGACUUCAGCGGAUACGGAGCUGCGGACAUUGGGGCCGCCGCGGCUCAGGAGUUUGAGGCAGAGCUGGUCAACGGCGGCGUGGUGGCGGGCGGGGCGGGGGGAGGAGCGGGAGGAGGGGCAGGGGGAGCAGGCGGCGGGUUUGCGGGCGGCACGCUGCCGCCGCAGAGCCAGCUGCAGCAGGCGCUGGACCGCGGCGGGCUGGCGGAGCGCAUCCUGGCGCUCAGAGAGGCGUGUGCCUACAACCUGGGUCAGCCGCUGUAUGAGCUCAUCUACGGGUACAUCCGCAAGCGAAUGGCGCAGGGUCUGACGGAUGACGGCGCGUUCCGCACCGAGCUGCUGGCGCGCCUGGGCGCCGGCCGCAUGCAGUACGUGCACCUCAUCGACCAGCUGAUCUACUUCGAGGACAUGAAGGGCCUGCAGGCGGCGCUCAUGUGAGGGGAGAUGAAAGGUCUGCAGGUGGCGCUCAUGUAGCCAUGUGGAGGGAGAUGAAGGGCCUCUGCAGGCGGCGCUCAUUGCGAGGGGAGAUGAAGGGCCGGGCGUGAGGGCCCCGGAGAGGCCAGGAGCCGCACCGCGAGCCCGGUGAUGAGCCAGGAGCAGAGCGAGGCUGCAGGCGGCGGAGGACGGUGGAGCGAGGGCUGAGGGGCUAUGCGGCGGAUGGUUGGCGCACUGGUGGCACCUGCUGUGUCAAGUCGGGGUUAUUGUGGUCUGGCCGAGACCAUGGACCCACACGUUGAGAAAGAGCUGCUUGUAAAACAAAAAUUGG